GAAAUUGAGAGAAGCUGGAUAAGUGAUUUUAGCAAAGGAAACCCUAUAUUCCAAUUAUUUUUCUAAGGGAAAAGGAAAAAGGUAACUAUGUGUCUUUUAAUGCUUACUUCACGUUGGGCGUUCAGCGUUCUCCUCUUCCCCAUGUUUUCCCCUUCUCUGGCAUCACUCUCUCGCCCUCCAACUAAAAUUAUUUAAUAAAUCAUUCAAGUUGAAGAAUCUUCUCCCAUAAGAUUCCAUAAACAAAGGAAAACCCGAAUGAAUCCUUGUCCUAAUAAUGAACCCGUAUGAUGAGAAAAGGCUAAGAGACGAAGUCAUCUACUUACACUAUCUCUGGGAACAAGGUCCCCCUCAGACCACUAAUCAAACCCUUCCGAAAAGACCCAGACCUUCAACCCAAAACCCCAUCAACAGAAGAAAGUUUGCUCAUUCUGGAUCCCACCCUCCACCCAAACCUGACCCUGGGCUCGACUGGUCAGUCCUUCUGAAACCCACAUCACCUUCCUCUCCUGGAUGGCCAGAACCCAAGUCUAAACCAGACCCCAUGGUCAGACCUGUUUCAAUUGAAGACCAAGCUAGGUUUGCCAACAUGCAAAUGCAAAACAAGGUUCUUGACGGUUGCAAAGAGUUUUUCAAGAAAAGGGUUCGUGAUGAAGAAAACGAUGAUGGUGAUGAUGAUGAUGUUGAUGUUGAUGUUGAUGAAGAAGAAGAAGAAAAGAAUGAAGUAGACAUGUUUUUUAUGAGAAUUUUUGUGAAUAACAGUGAGUUGAGGGGCUACUAUGAGGAGAAUCAUGAGAAAGGUGAGUUCUUUUGCUUGGUUUGUGGUGGCAUUGGUGAAAAUUUAGGUAAGAAAUUCCAGGGAUGUGUUGGACUUGUACAGCAUUGUAUGUCGAUUUCGAAAACAAAGUGUAAGACAGGCCAUAGAGCUUUUGGAUUGGUUGUUUGUAAAGUUCUUGGUUGGGACAUUGAUAGGUUGCCUGUGAUUUUGUUGAAAGGAGAGCCUUUGAGUCGUAUUUUGGCUAAUUCAAGGGAAUCACAGAACACUUUGCAAGGAGAAGGUUCCGAUAAAAAUGUAAAAAAUCUUGAAACUGGAAAUUCAAGUGGCGAAGUCCGGAAAGAUGGCUCUGAUUCUCUGGAUAAGGAGGAUGAUUUAACGGGUGAUGUAGAGUUCAUGAAUGCUGAUGGCAAUGGGUCAGUUAAAAAAGAGGUUUUUAGUAAUGAUCAGAGUAACGGUGAAUUGAUGGCCUGUAACAUGAGUAAUAAUUUCUUAGAGGAGGAGGAUGCCAAUGAAAAUGUUGAAAGUCUCGAGAUUUCAGAUGGUGAACCAAACAAAGGAUCGGUUAAUGAUCUGGGAUUAGGCUCGUCUCAGGUCACAACCACCGGGUGGCCCUGCAUAGAAUCCAUUGAUGUGUCCACUUCAACAACUCCGGAAUGGCCCAGCUUUGAGCCUUGUACUGCUUCUAUCACUCAUGUGAUUUCUGCCGAAGAACAGAUUAGAAUAAACAUGGUGCAGUGGCAGCUGAAUGUCUUUGAUGCUUGCAAACAAUUCUUAUCUAAAACAGCCGGAUCAGACAUCGAUGAAGAUGAUAAUGAAUUUAAUGAAGAUGAUUUAAUGGAUGAUGAUGGGUCUAAUGACAGUAAUGAGUUCAAUUUCUUUCUGAGGCUUUUCACAGAGAACGAUGAACUCCGAAGUUAUUACGAGACUUACUGCAGAGAUGGGGAUUUCUGGUGUUUGGUCUGUCGCGGGAUUGGGAAGAAAGAUUGGAGGAUUUUUAAAGACUGUGUGGGGCUAAUUCAGCAUUCCACUGCAAUAUCAAAGACAAAAAGGAAGCAAGCUCAUAGAGCUUUCGGGCAGGUUAUUUGUAAGGUUCUUAAUUGGGAUUUUGACCGUCUUCCAUCGAUCAUGUUGAAGAACAAACCUUAUAGCCAUUCCAUCAAUCAUGCUCUUACGGAUAAAUCAAAGUCCGAGUCAGGUUCAAAGGAGGAUGUUGAUGCACAUCAAAAUAAUAGCCUGUUGAUGAAUAGUGAGAAUACCUUGAACGAAGAACCCGGCAAAGAUGCUAAUUUAGAAAACAGAGCUUUGAAUAUUGGAGCAAAUGAAGAUAAACCAGAAAAUCCCAUGAAUUCUUCAGGAAAAAAUAACACAAAUUCUGAAGUAGACCAAUGAUGACAUGGAGAAUUCUAGUUUUGAAGAUCAGAGUGAAGAAGAUGCUCACCAUCACAAGUAGAAGAAAUGAAUUUAUCAAGAAAACAUGGUAGGUAGUGAAAGUUUGUGUUAAAUUAUUGCGCAAGUACCAUUAGGAUCAACAACUCCAUUUAGCAUUGCUCUCUCUAUGUGAUAAGUGGUAGUAGUUGUUUAGGAAUCGAAUAUUAACGAAUGGACUUAAAAACGAACUUAUUUGGGAUCGGUGUUAAUUGAAGACUUAUAAUAUAAA